CAGGCGGGCGGCUCAUUCGAUCGCAAAGCGCCUUAGCGAGAGCACCAGUCUCUUCUUCUGAAAACCUGCUCCCAUCAUGGAUAUCGUAUUACAAAAGUCAAUCUUCAACAGCGGCCCCGCCAAAGGCCCGAUAUACGAGUCGCCCGCUGGCUACUACACGCCGUACAACACUCCGCCGUACAUAGCUCCGUACUCACCGGACCCGGGUACUUGGUUGGCGGAUCACCAGCCGCAGCACCAGCAGAUGCAGCACAUCAGGUUCCCUACACCGCCCAUUACGCCGCCGCGUCCAGUCACCGGAUACGGUUCCGGCCAAGCCCACCUUUCGCCCGCCGACCACCGUCACCACCAUUAUCGUACCGAGUCCGUCAUCAUGAAGGCCCAAGGCCAGCAGGACGAGAGGUGCCCCAGCAGCCCCGUGGAGUUCCACGACGACAGCAAGUCCUGCAGCAGCAGCAGCGAGUGUGGCACAAACCACGAUUUUGUGUGCAACUGGAUUGACUGCGAUAGAGUUUUUGACACACUGGAGGCCCUUGCCCAGCACGUCACCCAGCGGCACGCCAUUGCUUCCAUUAACGACGGACUCUACUACUGCCGCUGGCGAGGAUGCCAGCGCAGCGAGCGGGGAUUCAAUGCCCGCUACAAGAUGCUUGUCCACACCCGCACCCACACCAAAGAGAAGCCGCACCGCUGCCACUUGUGCGAGAAGUCCUUCUCUCGGGCGGAGAACCUCAAGAUCCAUAUCCGGUCGCACUCCGGCGAGAAGCCCUACAAGUGCAGCUUCGAGGGCUGCCAGAAGGCGUACUCCAACUCCUCGGAUCGCUUUAAGCACACACGCACCCACUCCACGGAGAAGCCGUACAUGUGCAAGGUGGCUGGUUGCCAGAAGCGCUACACGGAUCCCUCGUCGUUGCGGAAGCACGUGAAGACCUUUAAGCACAGCAUCCACCUGAUCGCCAGCCAGCCCCUCACGCUGCCCACGCAUGCCGUUCCCCGCCUCCUAGAAGCAAGCAGCGACUCAGCCUUCAUAUGCCUGCCCGCUGCCGCCGGCAGCGUGGAGUCCACAUGCUCCUCUACCUCAGCCCGCUACUACGACGACUCCAAUAACGAGCCUAGCGACUACUCGCUGAAGCCAAAGCCGGAUGCGGAGUACUCGUCUAGCUACUGGCUGAGCGAACGGCAGCACAGUUACCUCCAGAGCGAGGACGACUUCUACGUAAAGAUGGACGUGGAGUCCCCGCUAGAUCUGCGCAUGCAUAGAAUUUGAAUUGGCAACCAAUGAUGCCUCUUGUCUCUCUCUUCCCCGUCUCUAGUCAUUAUAUGCUGUCCCCCAGCUCUUGUCACUACUCCUAGAUUACUAUUUAACCUGAUUAAAGACUGUUGUAUU